AUGACCUCCAAAGAUAAGCCCAACUUACGUACCAACAGAACUAAAGGUGACGCUACACAAUUACCAUCUAAACCUCCAAACGAAUAUAAAGAUUGUUUAUCUUGUCGUUUAAUUGGUGCGGCUACAUUUGGUGGUUUGGGAGUUUUUACCAUUUAUCAAUCUUACAUUCAUUCCUUGAUGAGUCGUGGUUAUAGAUGUGGAUUGGUUUGCGUUGGAUUCGGAUUUUUACAAGUUGGAUUGUAUCGACUGUUACAUUAA